AUGACGAUACCUAUCUCACUCGACUUCAAAGUCUGCGAUACCCUGGGAAGGCUCUACAUCGGAAACGUGAUAGCGGCGAUGUGCUACGGUAUAACGGUCAUACAAACAUAUAUCUUCCUCAGACGGCGCAUCGGAGAUUCAACAACGCUGAAAUGUUUGGUUUUGGUUCUAUGGAUGCUAGACAGUCUACACAUCGCAUUCAUUUCGCAUGCCGUAUAUACCUACGCCGUUAAGGACUUCGCGAGUCCACUUACAUUGUUGAUUCCUACAUGGAGCAUGAUGGCCCAGGUCAUCGUCGCGGGAAUCAGCGACCUAAUCGUCAGAGGAUAUUUCUGCAGGAUAGUUUUUCGAUUGAGCGACAGGAACUGGUACCUAAGCUCAGCCAUCGUUGUCACCUCACUCCUUUCCCUUGCUACCAGUCUCGCCUUUGCUGCGAAAGGGCUCUCCAUCAACACUUGGAUCACUUUCUCUAAGCUUUCGUGGAUAGUUUACACUAACCUCGCGUCGAGCGUCGCUUCUGACGUUUUCAUCGCCGCUUCGCUUUGUUUCUUGCUGAAGAAGCACCGUACGGGAUUCACACAGACGGACUCGGUGCUCCGGGUGCUCAUGCUGUACACCAUCAAUACCUGUGCACUCACGAGUAUUUGCACGAUUGUAUGCCUUAUUGUAUACGCCGCCACUCCAGCACUCAACUUCACAUAUGCCGGGAUCUACUUCGUCCUGCCAACUCUCCUCUUGAACUCCCUGCUCGCCACGCUGAACGCCCGGAAGGGGCUCCGACAAAGCAUCUCGGCCGCCGUGACAACCAUACCGUCGUUCAAGGCACGCUCGCUGCGGCCACCUGCAGAGACGAGAUCGAGAGACGAGCUGAGCCAGACAUGUUCCAACGCUAAUACGCUGAACAUGCUACCGUCGUUCCUCGAAGUUUCUCCAAAUAGCGUGCAUGAGUGGAAGCCUGCCUCACCUCUGGGAGAUUCAUCUACCAUGGUGUAG